GGCCUCAAUACUGUGGGUAGUUUUGGAAGAAACAGAAACCGAAUAACUGGAUACUUCUUGCCUGCGGUUUCAUUUAUUCCGGACAGGACGCUAUAAGCUCAUCCUUUGGAUUUGUGACAAGACCAUGUCUUCAACGUCCCAAAAGCAUGGAGCGUUCGUGGCUGCGCCUAUGGGGGAGAAACGUGUGACGGCUCUACCAGGCAUCGGGAAAAUCCUUGGCCGUCGAAUGGAGAAAAGCGGUUUUGAUAAGGCGAACGUGGUCCUUGGGCAGUUCCUAGUUUUGAAGAAGGAUGAGGAGCUUUUCGAUAAUUGGCUUAAAGACACAUGUGGAGCAAAUGCCAAGCAGCAGCGUGACUGCUAUGGCUGUCUUCGGGAAUGGUGCGAUGCCUUCCUAUAAAAUCUGUUGUCAAACAUUUUUUCUACUUCUAAAGACUGAAAUGAGCAUUACCUCUUCAGCAGUCUCCACUCAGUUCCGUUGCAUGUAUUCAGUAGUUUUCACUAAAUUAGUAAAGUAACAUUUAGAUGCCAUCAGUUUUAUCAUUAUUCUUGUAAGUCACACAGUAAUGGCAGCCUGCAAUGCCUACUAACUGCUAAUGCUCUUUUUAUGCUAAACAGGUUGAUGGAUUUCAGCUGUAAACAUUAAUACACAGACUUUGUCUUUGUAUCUUGUAGGUUAUUAAUAAGUCGGAUUGCAGUCGGUCUAAUUAUAGUGUAGCUAUGGAUUUUAAAACAUUAUCUAACGUGUGUUUUAGAUUUGUUUGAAAUAAAGAUCUGUUUAUGAAUGUGCAGCUUGACGUGAUCCCUUAGCUCCAAAGGCAUUUUUAGGGUCUUGAAAUGUUUGGGUGAUUUAGCCCUGACCCAAAAUUGUCAGACUGUGCUGGGUUUUGGUUGGACUAACGUGCAGACCAAAGCAUGGGAGCCGCAUGGUGAGUAGAAGUGUUUUUAAUAAUAAUAAUAUAACUAGUGACUUACAAAAGGCAAUGGAACACAUGCAGGUAUACAGACAUGGAGCAGGAAGUAAACUGGAAGGAUCCAGUGGUGAGCAAAGAAAACCAGAGGAAAUAAAUACAGAGGUCGGGUGGAUAAUGGACCAAUGAACAAGGGGGGCUAAUUAGGAGAAAUAUGGAGCAGCUGGUCACAGGGAGAAUGUAGGGCAUCUGAAGGAGGUAGGCUAAUUAACACAGAUGAGCUUGGAGUCCAGGGAAGUAACAUAAACAUCUAAACACAAGAAUGAAACUUGAACCUAAACUACAAUAAAUAAAACUAAAAUAACAGCAACUGAAGAACAUAAACAACACGAAGGAAACAGGUCACUAAAGAAACUAAAACACCAGAGAAUCAUGACAAAAAUAUUUUAGAUUUUAACUAGACAGCGGCCAAGUUUAUAAGUAAUUCACAGUUAAAAUUCAAAAAAGAAAAAUUUCAAAAAAGAAAACUGGUAAAAAGUUGAUUUUCUUAAGUUUUAGUCAAAUACUAAGAUCCUAAAAACACAUUUAUUUAUUUUAAUUAUGAGAAAUUUUCAAACAUUUGAUAAAAUAAAUUCCUUCUUUUAUUAACCUUUUCUGUUUAUUGCCAUCUUUCCAGCCCUUCAUUCCACUUAUGAAGAAACAAUUUUCAUUUGACCUGCCAAAAAUAAUAAAUAAAACAUUUUACAACACAGUCUGUUGUUCUCCGCUGAGCAUGUGAGUCUUUACCAUUAAACACUUUCUGACAGAGAAUGGCGUUAACUUGUAGCGUUUAAAAUAAAGCAUAGAGCCUCAUCCUGGACCUUUCUUGGACUCUCAUGUUUUGUCCUGUUAUCAGCAUUAAUAUUUCAGUUAUUAAUAACUGCAGACAUAUGGCAUGUUUGAAUCUAUUGCCUUGAGUAAAACUGUAUCCUUGUGUUUAAUUAGUUUAGUUUAUAUAAUAUUACAUAUUAUAUAUACGUAGUACUGAGAGAAAUAACAGUUGACUAGUCAGUGGUCAACCUGUAACUAAUUGCUAUAAGUUAUUUCUUAUUAAUGCUGCACCUUUAAACUACCUUGGGUUGUAUGUUUAGAAUCAGCACAGAAGGUAUAAAAGAAGCUAUGUUUCAACU